UCGCUCAUUGCAGUUCCUGAUAGUGCGUCGUUGUGUUGUAUAUUUCUGUUCAGGUGAUAUUUUAGUCGCGUUACUUACGACUUUACUGUAAAUGGGUCAAGGGAGGUUAGAGUGAAAGAUGACCAAGCCAAAGGAGAAAAGCCGAGAAAAAAUAAGUGUGGCCAGUGAGAUCGAUCGAGUAGAAGAGCGCAAGACGCGAUGCAACGACCUGCUUGAGAGAGCGGAGUUCAGACGCAGGAAAGAGGAGCUCUCCGACGAGGACAGUAAACUUCUGGAGGAUGAGAUGACACUUAUGACGGAAAGAAUACAGAAAUAUGAUCGCGAACUGGAGAUCCUGAGAGGGGAGAACAGGAGGAACAUGAUGCUCUCUGUCGCUCUGCUGGCCAUCAGCGCACUGUUUUACUACACCUUCAUCUACUGAGGGAAACAUCCAGACAUUCUAUUGCACCUUCAUCUACUGAGGGAAACAUCCAGACAUUCUAUUGCACCUUCAUCUACUGAGGGAAAACAUCCAACCAUUCUACUACACUUUCAUCUACUGAGGGAAAACAUCAGUUGAACAACUACUUACUGUAUAAUUGCAGACUUCUCUCGGCCUUAGAGAGCUCUCCAUUUCCUGAAAGCCAUUUCGUAUGGCCACUCAGAGGACUUCAGAAGACCUCCCAUCCAUUUGGACAGACUCCAUUCUCUUUAGUUUUUUCCUUAGAAGCAUUCGACAUUCCCCUUCUCUGACGUUUCUCUACCAUCUGACUCCCAUUGACCAUAGACUAGUCUGAACAGACCUGCCAAAGACCAGAAGAGAUCUUACAGUAGACAGUAGCACAUACCUUUUUGUGGCCUAUGGUAUUCCCAUACCCAGUCAUUUGUGCCAAAACAUAGAUUCUAUUUUCCAGAAAUAUUGCUGAAAAAUGGUUUGCCUGAACUAUCAAAAAUCCUCUAAUACUGGAGUUUGGACUUACACAGUGACUGAACUGUGUAAUAUUCAGGUUUCCAGAAAACAGAAAUAGUUUGCUUUUUUUUUUUUUUUUUUUAAGCAUGCAGGCACUACAUACAUCAUCUGCCUUCAUUACCUCCGUAGUGUUUCCAUUUAGUUUUUGAUCAGCCGAGGUUCAAGAUGUAUGGGCCAUUUUUGUACUGAUUGUGUUGUACUGAAUGUAUGAGUCUUGUUGUAUCAUUUACUGAAAUAUCAAAAUGUUUCCAAUGAGUACAUAAAUGGGAUAGGUCAAGUUUUAUGAGACAUAUACCACAACAAAA